AUGCUCCGAGCCGCUCGCGCCGCCACUCUUCAGGACCACCCUCCCGCCGCGGCGGAGGAGACUUUCCGUGGCGCGGCGGUUGGCCGGGCCAGCGGCAUUCCUGAGGGGCGGGGCACCACGGCGCGCGCGCGGCACGGUCGCAAGCAUGGAGGAUCGGCCUCCUCUCGUCCCAGCGUUAGGAGCCGCCCCCACUCACGCGGGAUCGGGCCCCCCUCCACAGGAGCGGGCCUUGGGUACUGGGGGAGCGGGGGGGCCCGCGGAGGUCGGGCCCCGGUGGCGGAGGAUCGGCCCCGCGCGGGCGUGGGAGCGGGCCCCCCCGGCGGAAGGAGCGGCCCAAGGCGGAGCGGGGCUGGGGUGGUGCCCUGGCCGGGGGCGAGGCGAGCCCCCCGAGGAUUUCCCUGCCCCCCGAGGCCCCGUCUUCGAAGCAGCUGGCUGAUUCGCGACCCUUGGCUACAUCGCCAGAUUUCCGGCCCAUCAGCCGAAGAAAGGCGGGAUCUGCAAGAUCCGCCCCCCGCCGACUGGCAGCCCCCCUUCGCUGUGGAAGUGGAUAACUUCAGGUUCACCCCACGCAUCCAGAGGCUUAACGAAUUGGAGGCGCAGACGCGGGUGAAACUGAACUACUUAGACCAGAUUGCGAAAUUCUGGGAGAUCCAGGGCUCCUCGCUCAAGAUCCCCAAUGUGGAGCGGCGCAUUCUCGAUCUCUACAGCCUGAGCAAGGUAGAGUGGGUGCUGUGGGUCAGCGCUGGGGGGACUGCAGCGCUGGGGAGGUGGCUGCAGGUUGGGGCAGGGGGGUCGGCAGAGCUGGGGAAGGCGCGGAUUGGAGGCCAUGGGUGCUGGCAGUUCUGGGAGGUGUCCACGGGUGGGGGCGCUGGCAGCGCCGUGGGUCAGGGAGGGUGCCAGGGGAGGUGUGCGUUCGGGGCCAGAGGUGCCAGCAGCCUCGGGGCUGGGGUCUGCGUGUCGGGGGUGCAGCCCCCCCGGCAGGAGUGUAAGCGCCCCCCGGAGGCGUUCGGCUUCGAGCAGGCCACGCGGGAGUACACGCUGCAGAGCUUCGGGGAGAUGGCUGAUGCUUUCAAGGCCGACUACUUCAACAUGCCCGUCCAUAUGGUGCCUACGGAGCUGGUGGAGAAGGAGUUCUGGCGCCUGGUGAACAGCAUCGAGGAGGACGUGACGGUGGAGUAUGGCGCCGACAUCCACUCCAAGGAGUUCGGCAGCGGCUUCCCCAUCAGCGACAGCAAGCGGAGGCUGGGCCCCGAGGAGGAGGAGUACGCAGCUAGCGGCUGGAACCUGAACGUGAUGCCGGUGCUGCAGCAGUCGGUUCUGUGCCACAUCAACGCCGACAUCUCGGGCAUGAAGGUGCCCUGGCUGUAUGUGGGCAUGGUCUUCUCCGCCUUCUGCUGGCACAUCGAGGACCACUGGAGCUACUCCAUCAACUACCUCCACUGGGGCGAGCCCAAGACGUGGUACGGGGUACGCGGUGCCGUCGUUCGCAAGUCUGAGCACCUGGAGGACGUAUUGAAGAAGCUCACCCGAGCGGUUUGAGAGCCAUCGGAACUGCUGCAAUUUCAGCUCGUCACCCUCAUGAACCCUCAACAACCGCUCAUGGGCGCACUGUGCGUGCCGGUCGUCCGGACAAUCCAGUGUGCAGGAGGAUGGCGCUGCCCCGAGAGGCUCGACCUCAACACUAGCGGCCCGCCGGUGCCAAAGGAGGUGUUCAUCCUGGCGGAGGCGCGCAAGCUGCGCCCGGCCCUGUGGACAAGCGUGCCGGAGGCCGAGCGCGAGCCUUCGAGUGCUCCGGCGAUGACGCGCCGUGCGCAGUGCAACGACACUGCGUUUCCUUUCGGCAUUGGCCAUGUUACCGGACUGCCCACCCGCCUGGUUGCCUCUACCCAUCCACCCUCGAAGUGCCCUAGCAGCCGCCAGUACCUCAGGAUGGCCACGGCCGGGACGUCCGGGAUCCCAGCCCUGGUACCGUACACGCUGGCCGAGCUCCCGGCCAUGCUGCACAAGCUGAGGUUCGGCCGAGUCCCCUCUUACCCUGGGCAACAAGGUUCGAAAUCGCCCUGCGAGGUGGCAGGAGGCGCAAGAGGAUACGUGGUCGCGGCGCUGGCUUCCUUUCCCUGCACGAGCUGCUACAUCGGGCUGAAGAGCUGCCUGCCGAGGCCGAGCGCUGUGUCUCCGACGCUCUGCGGGACUCAAUCAGCGGCCCUGGGGGGACGGUGGUGGGCAGUUCCUCAGGCUAACCUGGUGCCCCUCUUGCCCAGGGUGCCUGCUGUGCCGCUGUCGCUGGAGGAGUUGCGCACCUUCCUGGAGCGCAUGAGCAGUGUGCCCUGCGUCAUGCACCAGCUGGCCGAUGUGCAGGCGGUGCUGGAGCGGGCGUUGGCGUUCCAGGAGGAGGCGCAGGAGGCCCUGCGGGGGCUGCCCGCCAGUGCAGUCCAGCUGCAGGGGCUGGUGGCGCAGGGGGCGCGGCUGGGCGUGGCUGUGCCUGAGACGCGCCAGCUGGAGCGCCAGGUCCAGCAGGCGGCUUGGCUGGAGGAGGUGAAGCGGGCGCUGCGCUCGCCCUGUGAGCGGGUGCCCCUGGCCCUGGUGCGUGGCCUGGCCCAGGCUGGUGCCACCGUGGCCCCCAGCCUGGCUGUGGAGAAGGCUCGGGCUGAGCUGCAGGAGCUGCUGACCAUCGCCCAGCGCUGGGAGGAGAAGGCCCAUCUCUGCCUCGAGGCCAGGCAGAAGCACCCCCCGGCCACGCUGGAAGCCAUCAUCAAGGAAGCGGAGAACGUCCCCGUGCACCUGCCCAACAUCCUGGCCCUGAAGGAGGCGCUGGCCAAAGCCCGGGCCUGGAUCGCCGACGUGGAGGAGAUCCAGAACGGGGAUCACUACCCCUGCCUGGACGACCUGGAGGGGCUGGUGGCCGUGGGCCGGGACCUGCCGGUGCGGCUGGAGGAGCUGCGCCAGCUGGAGGUGCAGGUGGGCACAGCGCACUCCUGGCGCGAGAAGGCCUCCAAGACCUUCCUCAAGAAGAGCUCCUGCUACACCUUGCUGGAGGUGCUGUGCCCCUGUGCGGACGCUGGCGCAGCCAGCCCCAAGCGCACCAAGUGGCGGCGGGAGCCAGAGCUCGGCAUCUACAAGUCGGACACCGAGAGCCUGGGGCUGUCGGCUCAGGACCUGCGGGACCCCGGCUCUGUGGUGAGUGGGCGGCAGUGUGGCCUGGCCCCUUUAGUGGCACCAGGAGAGACGGAGGGGGAGGCGAGCAGAAGGAGCAAGCUGGGGCAUCUGACAGGCUUCGCGCCGUACGGGCGCUCAUACGCACUGAGACAGCACCCGGAGGCCACCAGCGCCGGCGCUGAGCGCCCAUCCCUCCUGCCUGUGGCAGACCGCCCGGGCCCACCGUCACUCGGCGUAGCGCUGUAUGGAGUGUGGCGACUGGUUCCCGCGCCCCAUAGCGUGGCCUCGGCCCCCGCGGGCGGCCAGGAAGCGCUGCAGCCUAGCAGCUGGUGGGAUUGGACACCAAAGUUCCUGUGCCCGCAAGGAACUAUUGCCGCGCUGGUGCUCCGCCGCGUCCCGCGCCCUUGCUAUCUGGGGCGUCCCUCUGGUUACGGCUUUGCACCGACCAGUGACGAUGGGCUGGAGCUGUUCGGCGCAGCGCGGGCGAGGCUGCGUGCUGCGCCGAGCGCCCACUCACCCUGGCAGGACCGGCGCCUGCCGCUGCUGCGCCCUCGUCCCGGCGUGGCCGCCGCCCUGGGGGCCCUGGCGGCGUUUGCGCACGCGGCGCUGCACGGGACGCUGGCGCGCCUGCGGGAGACGCUGCAACGAGCAGCCAGCAGGUGA